AUGCAGACACGUCCAACAGAUAUAAACAUCCCUCAUACCAUUGAUAAAAUAGUGCCAGAAGUUGAACUGUACAGAAGGUUACAAGAGGCUGAAAAACGUGUUGACAUAUUCACCACAAGAAAGAUUAAUGACUUGCAAGAAAAUAUCACUAGAAUCCCAAGAAAAAAGGAAUUGUUGAGAAUUUUCAUCUUUAACACAACUGAAAAUCAACCAUGGCAAUUACAACCAGGACAACAACCCACUGAAGAACCAAACUGGACUUUAAGAAUAGAAGGAAGAUUAGUGAAUAAUGAAAAAGCUGAAGAUCCAACGAGAAGAAAAUUUAGCUCUUUUCUAAGUGGUAUAUCGAUUGAUCUAUUGAAUCAAAAUAACAAUCAACAACAACAACAAACACAUGACCCAAACCAACCUCAACAACCUUCAAAAGAGAAUAUCAUCGAGUGGCACGAGCAGAAUGAACAAAACGCUCCUCGUGUUGAUUUCGAUGGGUUAGACGUGAAAAGAUCUGGUGGUGAAAACAUCAAAACUAAAAUUACAAUCCAACCUAAAGAGUUUCCAAUCAAAUUUAGAGUUUCCAACGAACUUUCUUCAUUAUUAGGGGUAACUGAAUUGACCCAACAUGAUGCAGUUUACUCCAUAUGGCAAUAUAUUCAAUUUAAUAACUUACAAGCACCAGAAGAUAAAAGAAUUAUCAAUUGUGAUGAAAACUUAUCUAAAUUAUUUGGUGUUCCAAGAUUCAAUUUUAGAGAUUUGAUAGAUCUUCUAUCCAAACAUUUGAGUGCGAACAAACCUAUUGAAUUGGAAUAUGAAAUCAGAGUUGAUAAGGCUUCAACUUUAGGUGAUACCGUCAUUGAUGUUGAAGUUCCAGUUGAUGAUAUUUCUGAACAAGAAAAUUGGAGAAAUGAGCUGAAAAAGAUAAUUACAGAAUAUGAUGAUUCCAUUAAAGAAUUAAAUUCUAAGAUAGUUUUAGGGAUUCAGGCCUUGCAUAAUUCUCAUAGAAAGCAUCAAUUUUAUGAUCAAUUAUCAAAGGACCCUAUUAACUUCUUCAAAGAUUUUACAGAAUCACAUUCUAGAUUACUGAAAAUUCUAUCUGGUGAUGAAGGAUAUAACGAAGAAUCUGUCAGAAGAUCUGAGUUUUACACAGAUGAAAUGUUGUCAGAGAAUGUCGAUAUUUUAUUAAAGACCAAUCGUAUUUAA